AUGCCGCCACGUAUCAAGGAGUCCGAAAAUGGUGUUCCCACCUACUGGGGCAAGUCCGGCAGGGCCCUCCAGGUUCUCAUCACCAUCGUUGCUGUUACCGACUUCCUACUCUUCGGUUAUGACCAGGGUGUCAUGAGUGGAAUCAUCUCUGCUCCCGCCUUCCAAGAUGCGUUCCCUGAAGUCAAGGAUGACUCUACCUACGAGGGUUUCGUCGUCUCCAUCUAUGCCGUCGGUUGUCUGCUUGGUGCCAUCUUCGUCUUCAUCUUUGGUGACAAGCUUGGACGCCGCAAGAGUAUCUUCCUGGGUGCCGGAGUUAUGAUCGUCGGUGUCAUCAUUCAGAUUGCCUGCGUCCCUCCCAACAGUGGCGCUACCGCCCAGUUCAUCGUCGGACGAUGCAUUACUGGUGUUGGAAACGGUAUCAACACUUCUACCAUUCCCACCUACCAAGCUGAGUGCUGCAAGGCCAAGAACCGCGGUAAGGUUAUUUGCAUCGAGGGUUCCAUGGUUGCCAUUGGUACGCUCAUCGCCUACUGGAUCGACUACGGCUGUCUCUACGGUCCCGAUGACUUCACCUGGAGAUUCCCCAUUGCUUUCCAGUGUGUUUUCGCCAUGAUCGUCAUCGUUAUGAUGAUUUCGCUACCCGAAUCUCCUCGAUGGCUCCUCAACCACCAUCACGAAGACGAAGCCGCUACUGUACUGGCUGGUCUCAACGGUGUUGCCCGCGACGACCAAGAGGUCAUUGUCCAGAUGCAAGUCAUUCGCGAUGCAGUCAGCGCAUCUGGUGGUGGCGGCAAGGUCCCUACCAAGGCUCUUCUUACCGGUGGCAAGUCCCAGCACUUCCGUCGUGCUAUCCUCGGCGCUUCCUCGCAAUUCAUGCAACAAUUGUCCGGUUGCAACGCUGUCAUCUACUACUUCCCUAUUCUGUGCCAGAGCGCCUUGAACACCGACCACAACCUCGCCCUUCUUCUCGGAGGUGUCAACAUGAUCGUUUACGCCAUGUUCGCCGCUACCUCUUUCUACUUCGUUGAGCGUGUCGGCCGCAGAAAGUUGUACCUCAUCGGUACCGUCGGUCAGAUGACUGCCAUGAUCAUCACCUUUGCCUGCCUGCUCCCCGGUGGCGUGGAGAACGAGGACAACGAGGGACCUGCCAAGGGUGCCGCCGUCGGUCUGUUCUUGUACAUCGCCUUCUUCGGUGUCACGUGGCUCCCACUUCCCUGGUUGUACCCAGCUGAGAUCAACCCUCUCAAGACCCGCCAGAAGGCCAAUGCUUUUUCGACGAUCAACAACUUUAAGUUUUCCCGGCUAUGGAACUUCUUCAUUGUCAUGAUUACCCCCGUUUUGAUCACCAACAUCGGAUGGGGAACCUACCUCCUCUUCGCUGCUCUGAACGCCUCCUUCAUUCCCGUCAUCUACUUCUUCUACCCUGAGACUGCUGGUCGUUCCCUCGAGGAAAUUGACCUCAUCUUCGCCAAGGGUUACACCGAGAAGAUGAGUUACGUGCAAGCCGCCAAGCAGCUCCCCAAGAUGGACGAGGCUCAGAUCGCCGAAGCCGUUCGCCAGUACGACCUCUCCGACAGCGACGUCGAGAACCGCUCGGCUGCUGGAUCGCUCAAGGAGAAGCGUCAGCAAGACGAGGAGCUGAUGCCUCAGGCCGGAGGUCAGAUGUAA